AAUGGGUGGACGGAAAGUCCCUGUGUGGAAAUCCCCUUGACUUGGGCUUUUUCCUUUUUUACACCGAGCGGACGCACAUUCUGUCUGAACGGCUCCGCGCUGCGAGCUCCGGAUGAGCCGCGACAGUGAAGCAAACUGAGGCUUGGAUGGCGCCGAGGACCGCAGCGCUGAGGCUGAGGGGCUGAGAGGACGAGCCUGAGCUCAAGGCUUUGUUAUUAUCCCCACACAUCUCACACAGUUUCCACAUUGUUCUGUGUUGGGCCUCCUCCUCUUCCUCCCCACCUUCCACCCACCUGGCCCCUCUCCACCCACCAUGUCGCAGGGUCAGAACUUCCUGCCCAAAUUUCUCUUUGUGUCUAAUCUGCUGAAGGCUGUGAAGAUUCGCCAGCGCGUUCCCAACGACGUGGUCAAGCCGACGGCGAGCGGCGGCCUCAUGCAUCACCUGAGGGGCAUGCACCGCUACACCCUGGAGAUGAUCGCCAUGAACCACUUCCCCCAGGCCUUCAGGGAGGUGGUGCAGGCCGCCAUCUUGGACCGGGCCAUGCAGGCGUCGCUGGAGCAGGAGAAGAAACUCAACUGGUGUCGGGAGGUGAAGAAGAUGGUGCCGCUUCGGACGAACGGGGACGGGAACUGCCUCCUCCACGCCGCCUCUCAGUACAUGCUGGGCGUUCAGGACACAGACCUCGUGCUGCGUAAAGCUCUCCACAGCGUCCUGAAGGAGACGGACACGGGCGUCUUCAAAGCUCGAUUCCAGGCCGAGCUCCUUCAGUCCCAGGAGUUUACCCAGACCGGACUGCGCUACACCACCAUGAACUGGGAGGAGGAGUGGGAGAAGAUCGUCAAGAUGGCGUCUCCGGUUUCUACGAGCAACGGGCUUCAGUUCGACUCUCUGGAGGACAUUCACAUCUUCAUCCUGUCCAACAUCCUUCGCAGACCCAUCAUCGUCAUCGCAGACCAGGUGGUGCGGAGUAUGAAGUCGGGCUCGUCCAUCUCUCCUCUGAACGUGGGCGGGAUCUACCUCCCCCUGCACUGGCCCCCCGCAGAGUGCUACAAGUACCCCAUCGUCCUCGGCUACGACUCCCAGCACUUUGCCCCGCUCAUCACCAUCAAAGACAGCGGCCCAGAGAUUCGAGCCGUGCCUCUGAUCAACCCGGGCAGAGGAGGGUUUGAGGAGCUGAAGGUUCACUUUCUGAUGGAGAAGGAGCAGCAGCAGAAAGAACGACUCCUCAAAGAUUAUCUGCUCCUGAUCGAGAUCCCCGUGAUCGGCCUCGGAUACGACGCCACUCGCAUCAUCAACGCGGCGCGGCUGGACGAGGGGAACCUUCCAGAGGACAUGAACCUGAUGGAGGAUUAUCUGCAGCUGGUGAACCACGAGUACCAGCGCUGGCAGGAGGACAAGGAGCAGGCGUGGGCCGCCCAGCCUCAGCGGCCUCCGCCUUUCUCUGUGUCUCAGCUCUCGCUCAUCGAAAUCCGCUGUGCCACUCCACGCUGCACCUUCUACGUCUCUGUGGACACGCAGCCUCAUUGUCAUGAGUGUUUUGAGAAGAGGCAGGCGACCGGGGGAGGAGCCAGGAUAGAGGGGGUGGUGCAGGCCAAGGGCGGAGGGAUCCAAGGCUCAGAAAGCGAAGGCAGCUCCAGAGGAGCUAGGAGCAGCAGUCCACCGUCCUCCUCCUCGGGGAGAGGGGUGGUGCUGUCCAGCCCUCGCUCGGCCCCACCCACAGCCCCCAGCCUCAGUCUGUACAGUGAGACUCACGCCAUGAAGUGUAAGACGCCGGGCUGCCUGUUCACUCUGAGCGUGGAGCACGACGGACUGUGCGAGCGCUGCUUCAACUCCAGACAGAACCACGCCCCCCCGGCCACGGGGACGGCGGCCGCGGGACUCCCCUGCUCUAACGGGGGGCCCAUAGCCCCGCACACGGCCCAGGGCCCCGGUUGGACUCAGUGGGGAGGACGAGAGGCCGAAGCGGAGCGCUGCAGCAUGUGCAGACAGGAGGCCUUCAGGAUAUUCAACGGCCUGUGUCCUCCCUGUAUGCAGAGACAACAGGCUCCAGAGAGAGGAGAACCUCAGAACAACUCAAGGACUGAGGCCUCGUCUUCAGCCUGGAGUCAGGCCAGAGACACCCUCACCCCGGGGCACACGUCCGCCUGGCAGACCCCUUUGGCCCGGCCGUGUAAGAGAUCAGGCUGCCAGUUCUUUGGGACGCCUGAGAAGUUGGGCUUCUGCACUAUUUGCUACGUAGACUAUCAAACGAACCACCAUCUGACUCCGCCCCCUGCGCCUGUACAAAGCCGGCACGGUUUGGAGGCAGGUUUCCAGAAUGCGUCUCGCUGUCGUGGGCCCGGCUGCGGGGCGGUCGGGAAGGCCAUGCUGGAGGGAUACUGCGACAAGUGCUACGUCAAAGAACAGAGCGCACGACUCAACCAAGUGGCUCACCGCACACCCCACUCUCCUCCUCUCGUGGUGCGUGACCGUGCUACGAAGCCAAGAUCCUCCCAGCAGUCGCAGACGCAGACGCAGACGCAGUGCCGUAGGAGCGGCUGCAGUAACGUGUCCCCGGGGUGCACAGACCUCUGUCCGGAGUGCCACACGCGCGGGCAGGGCCGAGAGGGGGGCAGACGGGCGCAGGCGCCCAAGGAAAAGUCCAAGCAGCGAUGCCGGACACAGGGCUGUGACCACUACGCUAACCAAGAGAAACAGGGCUACUGCAACGAGUGUGACCACUUUAAACAGAUUUAUCGCGGCUGAUCACAUAAGCAACAAUGAUGACACAUCGCUAGCACGCUAGCACGCUAGAGCCGCCGCCCCGCUCGGGCACUUAUGCCAGUCAAUGCACCUCUGAUACUAACUAACCAACUCACUAGCUAGUGACUUACUAGUACCUUAUGGCCUAAAACCCACCCCCAUGUAGAAUGUGAAGCAGCGUGUGUGUACAUGGGGAGGAGGUGAGUGUGUGUGUGUUCACAUUAGACAUGGCGUCCAGAAUACCUCUUUGUGCAUGCGCACGGCGAGGGGUGUGGCCUCAUGUCAGACUUUAGUGUACAGUGUACUUUAGUGUAUUUAGAGGUACGCAGUACAUCGUGCCGGACAAAAUGAUUGUAUGUCGACAUAAUGAGAAGCAUCUGACAUUGCUUUCUAGACCACAGCCAAGGAUUUAAACCCAGUUUGAGUGUCGUCUGUCCCAAUGCAUCUGUGUAUCUGUCUGCCUGUCUGUCUAGCAUUGCUCUGGAGAGCGAGGGAUGCAGCUUUGGAUGCCCACAGACUAAUGGAGGAAAAGGAGUGAACUGGGCUGGAACUUUCUUUUCAGUGAAGGGCUUGAAAGAAUUCAAAUGACAAUUGACCUGGUCGGCUCAGCUCCAUUUUAGUUUGAAAAGUUCCAAAAACUAAUGCCAAAAAUACUCUUGUAAAAUUCAGAAAUACAAUAUUUUUCUUCCAAUUGACGAGCAAUGAUAGUAUCAGUUUAUAUUUUGACAAAAAAAAAAUCUACUAUUGUUAUUUCAUAGAUUUUUGUGAUAAAAUGUUUUUACUUGACAAGGAACAAAACAUAAGAAACGUGCGAGACAGACAGGGCAGGCCCCUGCUAGUUUUGGUGCUACAGAACUCCAAGCCUCUUCAUUGUAGCCGAGAUUCUGAUGGACACAGUGGAGACGAGACUCAUCUUUAUAUCCGCCUUUACUUCCUCUUAUUUCCCUUUUCCUCUAAACUGAAUCUGUUGCCUUGGUCCUUGUUUUCUUGUUUACUGACCACUCGAGCACUUAGAAACACAUUUAUACAUAUUAUGCACAAACUCUCACUACUGGACAGUGCGACUCCACUACACACACGUUUAUAUAGACACAGCUCUUUGAGAUUGUAUACGCCCCACCUUAGCCAGAGGUGAUGUAAGCAAACGUAAUCUCUUUGCUCCGCCCACUGGAAGUGCCAUGGCGACACUUUUGAAAUUCCAGACAGAAAUCCCAUUGUCUGCUUUACCUGAAUGUGUUAGUGCUGCUUUCCUGCAGUGCAUUAUGGGGGCUGAUCCUCGAUAACGUUUUGCCUUUAAGUCGUAAUUCAACCUUCAUGGACCAGAGGGGCCUGCGCGGCGCCGCCGGGUCAGCGCCCCCGCUUAACAAACGCUUUGUGAAUAUGGAUCUCGGUCCAGACUCUUGGACCCGUAACACGAUGCCUCAUAAGAAACAAACAUUCACCUGGUGUGCAGCUACAGACAGAACUGACAUUUUCAUUUUCUUCUUUUACUGUAAUGUGUUUCAAAGUUCAAAGACACGUGCCAUCAUUCCCAGUCGUUGUUACCUCCUCAAACAGCCGGGCCGAUUCUACGCCGCCACAGACGCUUAGGUCCACAUCGCCGCGAUAACUGCUGUUUAUGUCCUCGGACGAGCCCCACGAACGCGAUAAGAAACACAAACAUCUGAUGCGUAAACUACUGAAAACGACGCACAAAUCGAUCCCGUUUAACGAUUUGACCUUCGACCCGUCCCCGCUGCGGGCCGAUGUUCACCUGAGGCUCUAGCUGGACCCGCGUAGACUUCGGCCUUCUUCUGCCUUCUCAUUUCUCUGUAUCUGAAGCUGGCCCGCCCGUGUUCUUGUGGCCUACGUAGAACUCCGCCGCGGCCUACGUAGAACUCUGUGUGCUUUAAUCACCUCUAGAUAAACCUUAAUCAAUCGAAGGCCGGUUAGUCCGCUCCCCAGACGCCCGAGACGCUUUGGGCGCUGCCUGAAUUCGACUGGGAGGGCAUCUGAUACGUUGCACAUGACUUGUCUAAGCUGCUGAGGCGUGUAGGGAUGGCGCUCCGACUCGUUUAGGGACAUUCCGAGGAUGGGAGAAGCAUCUGCAGAGGAACAGUGUAACAAAAACAUGCAAACUGUGUGGAAGUUUUUCUUUGUGUGAUUUUUAGGGUAUCGUAUGAAAAAAGGCUGGUUUUAUUUGUGAAGUAUUUAUUCAUAUCAAGAUCUGUACUGUGUGAUCCAAUUAUUUAUAUGUUGUCCUGAAAUGAAUUAUUUUUAUUAAGAAAUCUGAA